GAGGCUCUCCGUCAGCAGAGUGUCAUAGUGUUGGAGAGAUACUGUUCUCCUCCUCCCCUCGCAGCAUUUCUCUCUCUCUCUUUCUCUCCACCUCCCUUCUCUGGCUGUCCCAGGACUGCUGCAGCUAACUCUGCAUCACCUUGCAGUUCAGACACUGCUGCCUUUCUGCAGUCCUCUCUCUCUUUCUCCUAUUUUUCCUCCUCUCUUAGGUCCUUCACUAUCCCCCCCCCCCGACCUUUCUGGUCACUUUCUUUUCUUAUCAGUCAUCCACUCCUUGUUUUAUUCUAUCAAUAUGUACCGGAACCCCUGGAUCUUCAACUAUAUCAACCAUGUCAAGUUGUGCCAAGGCUUCACAGGAGAAACAGCCCCUAAAGUUGACAGUACCAAACUACAACGGAGAGCUCUUAGCUUCCAGAAAGAGUUCUCGUUUGAGGAGAAAGACGAGGGAACCAACAAAGAAGUAGAUGUCAGUCUGCUGGGAAAUACACCCAAGGUCUCAGAAUUAAGGAAACGUUUUGAGAGUAUAAGCACGAGUCAGAGUUGGGACAUGAACAGGAAAGAACGAAUUGCACGGCGUCUGGAGGGAAUCGAUGGUGAUGUUCUCCAAAAUCUCCCAGGCUGUGGCGGUCUAGUAACCAAUCGAAUGCUAGAGGAGGACACUCCUAGAUAUACCCGUGCAGCAGACACCUGUGACCCCUGUACAGUUUCUCUUCAGCACUAUAGCAAAAAUGACCCAAACUUCCCAAAUCCGCACAGUGCAGAGGUUCAGUCCAGAACCUACACAGUCCAACCGGAGUCUGUCUACAGCACUAGCUCCACUCAUGUGGCAGAGCUGGACUCUAAAGCUGAAAGGAUUGCUCGCUACAAGGCAGAACGGCGCCGUCAACUAGCAGAGCGCUAUGGCAUCUCUCUGGAUCAGGAGACAGAAACCGACUAUUCCGCUCGCUACUCCAGAACCUCCAGAGAGCCCGACAGCUCAGACCGACAACACAGGUCAAGUGUAGAAGGAGAAGACAGAGUGGAGCAAAAUGCUUACACCACCAGCCAUCAUGUAGAUAGGGCCAGCUCUCACAUUCACACCGAUCCAAAAUACAGCAGAGAACGCACAGACUCCAUCUCUGAGCGCGAAAGGAUGAUGAAUCUGGAGAACCAGAGGAGGGCCCUAGAGCGGAAUAGAUUGCAUGAAAGUGGAGGGGUUGCACCUGACCCAUCUGCAUAUAUGGAUGUGUCUGGGUCUGCCAGGGUUCCAGGGAGGGAACCAGGGGCGAUGGGGGUUCCCAGCUCGCCUAAUACAGGUCGAAGGGUCAUGAUGCCAUCUCCCAAACAGGAAGCAUCUCCUGGUGAUCUUUUUAUUGAGCAGCAGGCUCAAAACAUCCUUCAAAGACACAGCUCCCGUAGCCAGUCAGCCAACCAAUGGUCACUUCAGACUGAUUCAGAAGGAGACACCCUCUCUCCAAUCAACUGGCCUUCCAGAAUCCGAGUUAGGGAGAGACUGGCCCGUGACGAGCCAUUUCACAGGGGUCAAACAACAGAGGCAUACCAGGCAUACCCUCAAUAUCACCCACACACUCGGACCCUCCAUGAUGCUCCAGCCAAGCAGCGGCUGACCCACCCUGGGAAAGAGGAACGCCAUGACCUGGGGUGCCAGAGCUACUUUUCUAUGGGUAGUGAACCUGGUUCCAGGCAUAAACUAGAGAUUCAGGAAGUACUUGAAGAAGUGGAGGGAAAACAGAAUGUGAGGACAGAGGGGCUACUGCGGAGCAGGAAGGCCGUUUUACCCUCUGAGAUUCGACAUAAAGAACGGAGCACAGAAGACUCGUGCCAUGGAGGUGCUGACAACAUGGAGGUAAAUCCAGGCAUCAGUGGGCACAGGAGCGAGGGUGUUGUAGAUGACCCCAGAGGGUGGCGUGGAGGUCGGUCAAGGCAGGAAGUUUACACAGAGCAUGUGUCCCGUCUUCAGGCUGAAGAGUCUAUGCAAGCAAGAGCUCGAGAGGCCCAUAAGUGGGCUGACGCUAGCUGCUACGCCCCAGUUCAGACCUCCAGAGGGAGAUGUAUGCCAAAUUCAUCCAAACCCCUGGAUGUUAGAAAUGUCCAAAAGACAGCUUUUCAAGAGAACCCCAUCCAGGACCCAGUCAGAGAGGCUGUGCCCAAUGGCGAUCACCUAUCCCAUGAUGCCAGGGUUUCAGUGGCCAAACUUCGCCACACCUAUCUGGAAAGUGUUGCGAGUCCCCGGAAAGCCGAACUGGCAGAAGAGCUGCCUGUGGUUACAGAGGCACCCUGGAGAAGUGAGAGGGUCAAAGAUCGGUUAUCUCGUCGCCCUUUGCGGUAUAUUUGUCCCACUGAGAAUAGAAAGACAUCUGAGAGGUUUAGAACUCAGCCAAUCACAUCAACUGAGCGUGAACAGUUGGACCGGUCUUGUCCAAGCCCUGAAUCACUAAGCCCUGAGGUGGAUGAAGAGAAGCUAGAUGACAGAGCAAAGCUGAGUGUCGCUGCCAAACGCUCUCUCUUCAGGGAGCUGGAGAAGACUUCAGAUGGUUCAGUUCUGAAGGCAUGGAGCCGUAAUCCUGCCGUUGAGCGGAGGUUGAGGAGAGGUCAGGAUCGCUCCCGCACUCAGCCGGUCACCUCAGAGGAAGUGGUCAUUGCUGCUACUGUCCCUGGCCACUUGUCACAGUCCGCGACUGUACAAACCUCUGUAGCGCGUGUUCCUAGUCACACUAUACUCAACAGCUCUGUGACCAAAUUCAGCUUGCAGGCAUCGUCUCAGCAAACCUCCAUGGUGAGGGAACAGGCCAGAGAGGUUCGGCUGGCUGAAGAGGCGGCAGAGACAGAUCAAGUUCGCCAUGCAUCCCCAGGGGAGGAUGGCCAAGAGGAACCAGACCUUUCCACGCUCACUCUGGCAGAGAAGAUGGCACUCUUCAAUCGCCUAGCACAGCCUUCCAACCACGGCCCUCGGGCCAGAGGAGACACUCGUGCGCGCAGAAACAACACUCGGUACCAGACUCAGCCAAUCACACUUGGAGAGGUUGAACAGGAUGGUUCUGGUUCUGAGAUGUUUGACGAGGAAUCGGAGUUCUCAGAGGAUCUGAGUGAUCUGGAACAUCUGCAGCCUGCGGGUGGAGCUCGUUUUGCGUCCACCUCUACCUCGGCUCUGAGAUCCUCCACUGUUUCAACUGAACAUGCUGGGGACAUCCACUUGACCAUGUCCAAUGUAUCUGGCCCUGCCUACUAUGAGAAGACCCUCUCCCCACCUCACCAUCCUCAACCUGCCCAAGAGAUCCAGUCACACCAGAGUCCAGAUGUGUCCCUGGUGACCCAAGGAGAAAGACUGGUAUUGAACAUGGGGAAGAGGAAGCUGCCCUCUCCAGAGACCAUGAAACGGACACCACACGCUCAGCCAGCCAAAGACUGGGAGGAGCUUAAAGGGCACAAUAAGGUGCUGGUGACCUCUCAGGACCUCUCAGAAACAGAUGGAGAGCACAAGUCAAAGGCAGCCAUGUCAGAUCUUCCUGUGCACACAGCCACAGUACGUGCAGCGCCAGCUGUAUCGCAGGGCUUAUCCUCAUUACGGAGUGACUCUCUUGCACAACACACACACGCAGAGUCAGCCGGACCCCUCCUAGAGGACGACAGGAGAGAAGAAGAGCAGGAGACAGACUUUAAAUCAGAGGAGGGAGACCAGCUCUCAGACAUCAUGUCUGCCAGACAGAUGUCCAUCAAAGACAGGCUGGCCCUCUUGAAGAAGAGUGGAGAAGAAGACUGGAGGAACAGGAUAAAUAAAAAACAGGAUGUGGUGCAGGUUGCUGUGUCUGAAAGACACGCCCAGCUAUGGGAAGUGGAGCAGAGCUUCAAGAAGAAGGAUGAUGGGAUGAUGAUGAUAGAUGACUUUGCUGUGUCUGAUCAACUCUGGGAUCCUGUCUUUUCCUCCUCCUUUUCAUGUGCAUCUGAACCACUGGAUCAAAUAGCAAUCCUCCCCAAGGCUACCCCCCUGCCCGUGCAGGUGGAUGAGCGUCACCCCUGGAGACGGAAGAGGAUGGGAAAUGAGAUGGUGGAAAGCCAGCGGAGUGAUCGAGUAGAGAUGUCUAUUCAGGAACGCAAGCAGCUCAUCACCUCACAAGAGGAUGCGUGGAAGGUCAAAGGUUACAGAGCAGCCAAUGACUCCACUCAGUUUACAGUGGCUGGCCGAAUGGUUAAAAAAGGCCUGGCAGCACCUUCUGCUCUUACAAAUCCAGUGCUGUCCCCUCUGUCCUCUAAAAACAAGAAUGCCUCCCAUACAAUCUCAAAGCCACACGAAGAGAUUGAAGUCAAACAGGACAUGAAGCUGGAGUCAGACAUGAAGCUGGAAAAGUUGGAGUCAUUCCUUGGUCGUCUCAAUGGUAAAGUUGCAGGUCUUCAGGAGGCCACAAUCGCAGUCACAGAGAAGUCUGUUAAAGAGGUCAUGACUCUGGAUGAUGAGACCUUCGAUAAGUUUUAUCGACACACAGAGGAUAUAGCCAAGAUUACCAGCAGAGUGGAAAUCAAUGACGAUUUUGAUGCCAUCUUUGGAGUGGAGCUGCCCAGGUUGACCUCAGAGAUGGUGCAACACAAGCGGGCGGUACGGCCAACCAGAAAUGUUCAGUCAUCCAGAAACCCUCUGAAAAUGCUGGCUGUUCGGGAGGACAUCAGACAUGAAUACACAGAACAGAGGCUAAACAUCGGCCUUCUGGAGAGCAAGAGGAUGAAACAGGAAAAGAUGAAUAAGAACAGCGGUUUCUCUGAGGUUGCUCUUGCUGGGUUGGCGAGUAAGGAAAACUUCAGCAGUGUGAGUCUGCGAAGUGUGAACGCCUCUGAGCAGAGCUCCAACAACAGUGCCAUGCCAUAUAAAAAACUCAUGCUCAUUCAGGUCAAAGGUCGUCGGCACGUUCAGACCAGACUGGUUGAGCCCAGAGCUUCCUCCUUGAACAGUGGUGACUGCUUCCUCUUGAUUACACCCCAUCAUUGCUUCAUCUGGAUUGGAGAAUUUGCUAAUGUUAUUGAGAAGGCCAAAGCUGCAGAGUUGUCCACGUUCAUUCAGACCAAGCAUGACCUGGGAUGCAGAGCGUCAUAUGUGCAGACCAUCGAGGAAGGUGCCAACACUCACACUCCGGCUGCCAAAGAGUUCUGGAAGAUUCUCGGUGGCCAAGCCAGUUAUCAAGCCGCUGGCACUCCAGAAGAAGAUGAGUUCUAUGAGACUGCCGUCGUAGAAACCAACUGCAUCUAUAGGCUUAUGGAGGAUAAACUUAUUCCUGAAGAUGACUACUGGGGUCGAGUUCCUCGCUGCACCAUGCUUAAUUCUAAAGAAGUGCUGGUGUUGGAUUUUGGUAGUGAGGUCUACGUAUGGCAUGGUAAGGAGGUGACGCUGGCUCAGAGAAAAGUGGCUUUUCAGCUGGCAAAGCACCUGUGGAAUGGCACCUUUGACUACACCAACUGUGAUAUUAAUCCUCUUGACCCUGGAGAGUGCAACAAACUUAUACCCAGGAAAGGCCAGGGACGACCAGACUGGGCUGUGUUUGGCAGGUUAACUCAGCACAAUGAGACUACUCUUUUUAAAGAGAAGUUUUUGGACUGGAGUGACACCAAGAAAUCCUCUAAGAAGAAUGGUGACUCGACUUUAGUUGAAAACAAGGAGCUUCGGAGCGGAGAAUGUCGGCCCUAUGAUGCGUCACUGAUGUUGUCAACAGUAUGGACGCCAGUCAAGACCGUUCUGGAUGGAGUCGAUGUGGGACGAGGUUAUGGACUGGUGGAAGGUGAUGAGCGGCGUAAUUUUGAGAUCAGCACAUUAUCUGUUGAUGUCUGGCACAUUCUAGAGUUUGACUACAGUCGAUUACCUAAACUGAGCAUUGGCCAGUUCCAUGAGGGGGACACGUACGUGGUCAAAUGGAAGUACAUGAUCAGCACAGCAGUUGGCAAGAGGCUGCAUUCAGAACGGAUCAUCGGUCCAGGGAAGGAGAAAUGUUGUUAUUUCUUCUGGCAGGGUCGUAACUCCACGGUGAAUGAAAAGGGAACCUCAGCACUGAUGACUGUAGAGCUGGAUGAGGAGAGAGGUGCUCAGGUCCAGGUACAGCAGGGAAAGGAGCCUCCUUGUUUCCUGCAGUGCUUCAAUGGAGGAAUGAUUGUUCAUGCUGGAAAGAGAGAAGAGGAGGAAGAAAAUACACAAAAUGACUGGCGCUUAUUCUGUGUGAGAGGAGAGAAACCCAUAGAGGGCCAUCUGCUGGAGGUGGUGUGCCACUGUAGCAGCCUACGGUCUCGCACCUCUUUGAUCCUCCUGAACAUCCCUAAAGCCAGCAUGUACCUGUGGCACGGCUGCAAGGCUCAGAUGCACACACGUGAUGUGGGCUGUGCCGCUGCAAACAAAAUAAAAGAGCAGUGUCCUCUGGAGGCGGGGCUUCACAGCAGCAGUAAAGUGUCCAUCCAGGAGUGUGAUGAGGGAGCUGAACCACAAGGCUUCUGGGAGGCCUUGGGAAGGAGAGAUCGAAAGGCAUAUGACUGCAUGCUGCAGGAUCCGGGAAAGUUCAACUUCACUCCUCGGCUGUUCCAGUUAAGCAGUGCUUCAGGAGAGUUUGUGGCAGUGGAAUUUGUAUAUCCAUCCAGAGAACCAAAUUUGGUCAACUCGAUGCCUUUCCUUCAAGAGGAUUUGUAUACAGUUUCUCAGCCAGCCCUGUUUUUGGUGGAUAAUCACCAUGAAGUUUACCUGUGGCAGGGCUGGUGGCCUCAGGACAGUGAGAGCACGGGCUCAGCGCGCAUACGAUGGGACUCCGACAGGAAGUGUGCCAUGGAAACUGUACUCCAAUAUAGCAAAGAAAAAAAUGAGAAAAAAACUCCCAAAGCAUACCUGAUCCACGCAGGGCUUGAGCCCCUUACCUUCACUAACAUGUUUCCCAGCUGGGAACACAGAGAGGACAUCGCUGAGAUCACAGAGAAGGAGGCUGAAGUAUGUAAUCAGAUCAUUCUUGUUGAAGACGUCUUGACUAGACUCUGCAAGACCAUUUACCCGUUGGCGGAUAUACAAGCCCGUCCCCUACCAGAAGGUGUUGACCCUCUACGUCUUGAGAUCUACCUAUCAGAUGAGGACUUUGAGGGUGUAGGGGCUUCUGGGAAGAAAGCAUUGGAGAUGACAAGAAGUGAAUAUGAGGCACUGCCAGGAUGGAAGCAAGUGAAUGUGAAGAAAGCCAAAGGAUUGUUUUAGAGGAAAUCUGACUGCAA